AUGGACACGAAUUCAACAACUCCAAUGUCUAUUACUGAUAUGGAAUGUAAUCCUAACUAUUCAUAUUUAGUAGAAAAUAUAAAAUAUCUGUUGCAAGCUGCAUAUAUGGUACCUCCAGCUUUUCUGUAUGCUAGAAUUCUAUAUGUGAUAUGGGUCAAGCAUAGAAAAGUUUAUAGUCGGCAUCAGUUUUUUGUGAUUUAUUCGAUGGAUAGUAUAGUGGGCUUCAUCCUCCUCCUCCUUGAUAUUUUCAUCACUAGAUUCUUUGUUUACGUACCCCAGUUAUGUAUCCCUGCUUCAAAAUUCUUUCAAUCCCAUUCUUUACUUAUGAAUAUCUACUACCCAUUGUUGAACUAUCUUCAUUGUGCUCAGCCUCUAAUUCAAAUAUUUCUAACUUUGAAUCGAAUGUCAUCAGUUAUCUGGCCAGUUGACCACAACAAAGUUUGGUCUAAAAACCUUUCAUUCAUUGUUGCAUUCGUCUCAUUAUCACCAUUCCUAAUAAUUUGGAAUACCAUAAUAUCUCCAAAAAUAAUAAUUUACUAUUUCGGAGGAUUUUUCAUGCUUGGGUUGAAAGCAGUGGAGUGGGCUGAUAUCUCAUUAUUUUUAUUUUUGGUUAGAUCAGUUGCCGUUAUAAUUACUGUAGCUUCUACUGUAAUCAUGUUUCUAAGAAUGUCGAAAAUGAAAAAAAGAAUGAAAUCAUCGGAAAGGACUCUUUGUUUGGCGUGUGUAAUCCAUUCAAUUUGUUUUAUGGUUCCGUCAUUUUUUGAGGCUCUCGCAAAUUUCAACGAAGCAUACGGCAGUUCUUGGGUCAAUUUUCUCAUUCAACCAUUUGCAUGGGAUGUUCUCAAUGUUGGAUCUCCGUUGAUAAUGAUAUUCGUCAGCGGUCAACUACGCCACCAUGUAUUGGAGAUCUCAAUUGGAUGCUGUAAACCGAAAAAUAAACCCAAAACUAUCACAGUUCACACUGUAACUGCUCAUGUUUCUUCGCGCAAUGGUACUUCGAUAUUUCGUUGA